AUGAUUGCAGCUGUUGAAAAUCCCACUUCGAAAAUCGGUUAGAGAGUAAGUCAGCUGACCAGAAAAACAAGUUUGCUGUCAAAUGAAGUUUUGUUUGCUGAGAAGACCUUCAAGUUUAAACUUCGGGGUCUUCAGGGAUGAGCCUGCCCUUUUCUCCCUUGUCUUCACCCUCUGAGUACCCUGGAUCCUGCCUGUGAAGAUGGACCACACAGAUCCUGUGCUUCCCAGCGUCAACUCAUCCUAUCUUCCACCUUUAUACGACCAACAAAGCUCGACCGAAGAUGAGGAUGAUGACAUCAGUCCCUCUGCAACCCUUCUUCCUAAGGCUUCCUCGGCACCUCUGGCUGUGCGCUACAGUCCAGAGGACUCGUACAGACUGGUGUAUUUCACCUUUUUUCUGAUGGGUAUCGGCUCCCUGCUGCCCUGGAACUUCUUCAUAACGGCAAAGCAGUACUGGCUCUACAAGCUUAGCAACAGCACUGACCAGAAGGAAAGCUCCAGUGUCGGUGACUAUUUUGAAAGUUACCUGUCCAUUGCUUCAGCAGUGCCUUCUGUGCUGUGCCUGGUACUCAACUAUUUUCUUGUUAACAGGUUAUCUCCAAAGGUUCGAAUCCUGUCCUCCCUCGUCGUGAUGCUGUUGGUGUUCGUGGUGACCACGGUGCUGGUGGAGGUGGACGUCUCAGAAUACAGGACGGAGUUCUUCGUCGGCACACUUGCCAGCGUUGCUGUGGUCAGCGGUGCCUCCAACAUCUUCUGUGGGAGCGUGUUUGGGAUCAGUGGCUAUUUUCCCAUGAGGAUCUCUCAAGCCCUCAUAUCAGGCCAGGCGAUGGGGGGCACCCUGACUGCACUAGCAUCGAUAGUGAGCCUAGCUGUGGCUAAGGACGUGACCACCAACGCUCUGUUCUAUUUCCUGACAGCAGACGUCUUUAUCCUGCUCUGCAUCAUCUCGUUUUUGCUUUUGCCAAAGUAUGCAUAUUCAAGGCACUACAUGCUGGCAGCGACCUGCGUCAGUCCCGGGACGCUCGGUGAGGAGCAGAGUCCAGCAGGCGGAAUCCCUCCGCUGCAGCCCAUCAUUAAGAAGGCCGGGGUGCUUGGCCUCUGCGUCUUUUAUGUCUUCUUCGUCUCAAUCUCAGUAUUCCCUUCCGUCUCAUCGGGGAUCCAGUCUGUGAACACGGACAGCGGCAGCCCCUGGGCAACAACUUAUUUUGUACCUCUGACCAGUUUCCUCCUUUAUAACGUUGCAGACUUUAGUGGCAGGCUGGUGACAGCCUGGGUGCAGACCCCUGGUCCCACUAGUCGGGUCCUGCCGGUGCUGGUGCUGUGUCGCUCCGUGCUGGUGCCACUUCUCAUGUUCUGUAACUACCAGCCACGGGACCACCUACAUACUGUGCUGUUCCCCCAUGAUGUUUACCCUGUGGUCUUCAACUGCCUGCUGGGCCUCUCUAACGGAUACCUGGGUACGCUGCCGAUGAUCUACGGACCAAAGGUGGUUCCCCGGGAGCUGGCCGAAGCCACAGGCGUGGUCAUGUCCUUCUUCCUCACUCUGGGGCUUGCUGUUGGAUCUGCGUUUUCAGUUCUUAUUGUGCACAGUAUCUGAACCAAAGCCAUAUGUAGCUUUGUAGUGAAGGAAAACACUACAGCCUUUACUUUCACUGGACCACCAGGUGUCACUUCCUCUGUACCUCAUCUGGUUUCCAGCGUCGUCUCAACCCUACAGUAAUUAGUGUCGAUUCUAAGAACUGAAGCAUUAUGUGUGCAAUUUGACAUAUUGCAGAAAUUAUACACAGGAUAUGGAGGAGAUGAAAGUUUGGGGCAAGCAAUAAAUGAAACACUUUGUUUAGAAUUUUGCUAAAAUAUGAACAAAAAACGACUACAUGCUGAUGGGUUUAAAAUGCAACUGUUCAGUGUGAAACACAAGUACAGUUUUGCUGAAGAUAAAAGGUCAAAGUUG